AGAAUGUAAAAAUAAAUAUAAAGGAGAAAUUGUCUCCAUGUCUUUGGAUGGAUGGAGCAACGUACAUAACGAACCAAUAAUAUGUACAUCUUUUGUAAGUCAAUCUGGUGAGUCUGUACUUAUUGAUACUGUUGAUACAACCGGUAAAUCUCAUACAGCAGAGUACCUGAAAGAAAUUGCUUUAGAAUCAAUGUCUAACGCCACUAAAAAAUUUGGAGUAUCAGUACGUAGCAUUGUUACAGAUAAUGCUAGUAAUGUUGCUAAAAUGAGAACAAACUUGGAAAGUGACAACUUAAUACAAUAUGGAUGUUCGGCACAUGUAUUAAACCUCUUGGCCUUGGACUUGGACAAUUCUGCAGUUACUGAUCAUAUUUUACGUGUGAUAAAAUAUUUUCGAAAUAAACAUUUACCCGCCGCCCUUGCAAAGGAAACACUUGGAAAGAAACUUAUUUUACCCCAUGAAGUUCGUUGGAACACGAUGACUGAUGCAAUCAAGUCAUUUUUGGAAAAUCGAGGUAACUUGGUUCAGCUAUGCCAAGAUCACAAAAAUGACAUCGAUCCUCACAUAACUAAAAUUAUAAAUGACGUAAAUAUCGUAAUGAAUGCUGAACAUAUGCUUAGCUAUCUAAAGCCAAUAGCAGUCGCUUUAGACAGAGCUCAAAGAGAUAAAACGACUAUUGCCAUUGUAGUUGAAAUUUGGAAUAAACUUGAACUGGAUCUUAAAGGGCAAUCCUUAGAUGUUAAAAAACAUUUUUAUCGAAGAAAAGAUAUGGCUUUAGAUGCACCACAUUAUCUAGCUAAUAUGCUCGACCAUCGAUUUUUGGGUAAAUGUUUAAAUAACCACCAAAGAGAACAAGCAUUUACUUAUUUAAAUAAAAUUAAUCCGGAUUUCAUUCCUUUUGUAAUGGCGCUUUUAGCUGAAUCUACACCAUUUCCAAAAUAUGUAUUUUUGCCUCAGUUUAGAAAUACAUCACCUAUGAUGUGGUGGAAAGGAAUUAUUAUUGAUGAUACAACUUGGCCAAAUAAACAAGGCUUUCUAUCUCUAUGUGAACAGCUGCUUACUGCAAUUGCGGCUACCGCAUCUCUUGAAAGAAUGUUUUCAUCAUUUGGACUUGUGCAAUCGAAACUACGUAAUAGGCUUGGAAACGAAAAAGCUGGAAAAUUGACGUUUUUAUUUAAAUACAAAAAUCAGUAAAAAAAAAAUAAAAAUGAAAAUAUGGGUUGGAUUUGGGAGAAUUUAAAAACACAAGAAUUAUCGGGACCUUCUAUCGAAUCUGACGAAUCCGAUGAUUAUUUACCUAUAAUAAAGUUGUUAUAAAUGUGUUAGUUUUCUUGUUAUAAUAUCACAAAUUCCUAAAUUUUAUUUGGCUACUAAUAGUACCUACUAUAAAAAUUCUUAGAUAAACAAAUUAUUUAAAAAAAUAAAUAUCAAAACUUGAUAUAUAUCGGAUAUAUAUCUGAUAUUUUGAUAUUUAUAUAAAUAUCAUGAUAUUUGCCAACCUUG